GCUUUGUUAUUUCGUUUUCCUAGUUUUUGUGUCCCACUGCAAAGACCUGGGAACAAAAUACAUUUCAUCAAGGUUUCAUCAUGAUAUUUCCUGGAUACAAGCUGGAGUUUCUCCAAAAAUAACGGUGAAGCCCAAGUGGAACUGUGUUGUUGUCGUGACUCACAAAUUCGGCUGACGCAGUAAAAUCAAAUACGUAAAAGGAAGUGAGGGAAGUUAACGUCACAUAUCAUUAAUCACUGCCAACUGACGUAUUUCCACUUAAUAUCAUCAUCAUGUCUGUGGAAAGACAACCGCUGAGUCCACUGCUUAACAUAAACCCUAAUCAUGCUGUUAGUCCUUUGCAACAAGCCGGUCAUGAAUGUCCUAAUGAAUCAGACAUUGAAGAUGAAAUCUUUUUUGGUGAAAUGACCUCCAAAGAGCAAAAGAAGGCCAAUAAAUUAAAGAGAAGAACAGAUGUCUUUGUUCCAGGGUUUCGUUUAGUCCAGCAGGCAGAAAUGAUACAUGCAAAAAUAAAAGAAGCAAAUGCUGAGUUGUAUGCGGAAAACAAAGAAAAUGUUGAAGAUUUUGCCAGCAGCUCUGCGACAAUAGAGAUACAAGAUACGACCGAAAAACUAGAGCAGCAUGAAACGAAUGAUAUCAUCAAAAUAGAAGUUGUGAAACCAAUUACUGAGGAGACUCUACAUGAUGAGAUUAGAAAUGAAAUUCAAGAUCAUAACAAAGAUGCUGAGAGUCUUUUUCCUGUUCUUGAGGAUCCUGCUUACCACGAUAAACAUAGAGAUAUAGCUCAGCUGACUGAAACAGCAGAUGAUCUUGAUUAUGUAUCGGGAAAUUUCCUGGAGGCAGCAUCUUCUGAUAAUGAGGGCGACAUUUCACAAACUCAUUAUGUGGGUAAUGAAGAGGUUUUUACUGAUAAGGCAAUUGAAAACGAGACUACGUUGCAGACAUUACAUAAGGAUUUGAGAAUUAAUUUGCCAGAGAAUACGUCGCAGUCUGCCUUGCCAAUGUUGAACCCAGUAAAAGAACAGAGUUCAUAUGUUUAUUCCAGUCCUAUUCUACUCCCCCACACUGUACCUACUAUAUUCGGUGCUACUUUCACCCCUUCUAUUCCCAAGACGCCAUCAUUUGCAUCUCCACACAGUAUGAUGAAUGCGGAUGAUAUCAUUGCUAAGUAUGCCAACUCCCCUGUUAUCCAGACAAACCACCUUGCCAAUAAUCAAGCUGCAACAGGACAUCUGCAAACUGAUGUAAUGGCGCCAGUUAUUCCUGCAACGACUUCCAAUUAUGAUGAAAUAAAAGAACGACUUAUCGAGCAGAGGAGACAAUUGUUAGCUGAGAAGAAGGCUAGACUUGUCAAGAUUAGAGAGGAAAGAGAAAGGUUAUUAGGAAGACUUGGAAUGGAUCUUCCUAAGACAUCAUCUCCGCCACCCACGCCAGAUGCACUAGUAAAACCACCACCACCAACCCAUGCAGGAGAGGCUGUCACUGAUUUGAUGAAACAAGUAGAAAUCAACAGGCUGUCUGUUCUUAAAAUGGAUGAUAAUGAAAUGGCAGUAGUAACAAGAUUGAACACUAUGCAUAACAGAGAGUACAGAGUUCACUUGAGUCAAAUUGGAAAUGUAUGCCCACCAGUUGUGAUACGCCAUAUACAACAUGUAACAUCGCCAAGUAAAGUACAAUGGCAAGAAAAUUUAGUGACAAAUAUACCAGACAAGUUUGUAAGAAGUAAAACAAGUCAAGUAAAAGAAAUAAAACCCAUUCUACAUCAAAAACCCCCUGACUAUGUGUAUCCUUACAACAAUGAAGUGCCAUCACCCGUGGUUAUAACAAGACACAGAAGAACAAAUAUGUUAUCAUCUCCACAUACCAAGCCAAGAUUAAAAUAUUGAGUCAACUUCCAUUGAACAUCAACAAUUAUUUUGUAAUACAAAAUAUGAAUUGCAGUCACUUUAAUGAAAAAAUAGGAAUUUUUAAUAUA